UGGCUAAAAUUAACAAGAGCCCAAACCCAACUUCGUCUCUCUCUCUCUCUCAUCGAUCUUUCACAAAAUCAACACUAGCAUCCCCCUUCUCCGGCGACAGUCGUUGCCGCUGCCGCCUUUACUGCUCAUCUCCUCCUUCCACCCUUCACAUCUAAAUCGCUCUCUCACCAAUUCACACAACCCCUAAAUCUGCCCUCGUUUUUUUCCUUCAUUCCUCUUCCCCAAAACCGAUGAAUUUUACCUGAAAUACGGCGAAUCCAUCGCCCUGCAGCGCGAGCCGCUCGGUAAACUGUCAAAUCCAAUUCGAUAAAUUCCGAUCCAUUUCUCCCCUCUCGUUCCUCACCGUCUACGGCUUAAACCGCCGCCGUGAUAGAACCCUCGUUUUGCUACAUCGAGGUCUUGUUCGGAAUAUCAUGCUGAGAUCUUAGCCAAACACUUCAUCAAGUAGCAGUUUGAGAGGAGUUGUUGCUGCAAUAUUCCCCUGUGGUCCCAAAGUAAUUUGGUGAGUUUUGUUUUCAGUAAAAGUAGAUAUGCGACACAGUGGUGCAAAGGAUACUCAAGUUCGUGAAAGCAGCUACCAAAAAGUUCAUCCCCAACCAAUGGAAGAGGCAACAAAUCAGAGCCCUGAAGCUAUGGAAGCAUUAGUGUCUAGGAUAUUUACAAACAUCUCCUCCCUGAAGUCGGCUUACAUUCAACUACAAGCUGCUCACACUCCUUAUUAUCCGGAUAAAAUUCAAGCUGCUGACAAGCUUGUAAUAUCAGAGCUAAAGAAUCUUUCUGAACUCAAGCAUUUCUACAGGGAGCACAACCCCAAGCCUGUCUGUGUCUCUCCACAAGACUCCCGAUUAGCUGCCGAGAUUCAAGAACAGCAGAGCCUGUUGAAGACAUAUGAGGUCAUGGUGAAAAAUUUUCAGUCUGAAAUUCAGAAUAAAGAUUCUGAGAUUGUUCAAUUGGAGCAGCAGAUUCAGGAUUCCAGUCAGAAACGAGUAAAACUUGAGAAGAACCUGAAGCUUAGGGGCUUGUCAACGAAAGAAUCAGAAGGGAGUCACGGUGAAAUGGGACAGUUUUCAGUGGAUUUAUCUCCUGAACUUUUCAUCUCAGCUGUAGAAGCUGCUUCCAGGGCCAUUCAUGACUUCUCCAAGCCCUUAAUCAACAUGAUGAAAGCAGCUGGGUGGGAUCUUGAUGCCGCAGCAAAUUCCAUUGAACCAAACAUUGUGUAUGCAAAAAGGGCUCACAAAAAAUAUGCUUUUGAGUCUCAUAUAUGCCAGAUAAUGUUCAUUGGGUUCCAGGAUGAGUGUUUUGGUAUGAAACCAGAUAACCAGGCUGAGACGAAAGAAAGUUUAUAUCAGGAGUAUCUUAGUUUGAGAGAAAUGGAUCCACUUGAUGCUGUGGGACAGAAUCCAGAUUCAAUGUUUGGAAAGUUUUGCCAGAGGAAAUACCUUGAUGUUGUCCAUCAAAAGAUGGAAGCAUCAUUUUUUGGUAACUUAGACCAACGGAACUACAUAGUGGGUGGAGGGCAUCCAAGGACGGCCUUGUACCAGGCUUUUCUGAAAUUAGCUAAAAUGAUCUGGCUUUUGCACCGGUUGGUGCAUUCAUUUGAUCCUCCAGUUAAGAUUUUUCAAGUAAAGAGGGGCAAUGAGUUUUCAGAGGUUUAUAUGGAUAGUGUUGUGAAAGAUUUUGUUGUAGAGGAUGGCGAUGAGAAGCCCAAGGUCGGUGUGAUGGUAAUGCCAGGAUUCUGGAUAGGUGGUAGCAUCAUCCAGUCUCAAGUCUACCUAACAGGUAUAAAAGUUGCAGAAUGACACCUCCUGCCUUUCAUUGCUGCUUGAAAAAAAAAACUCAUCUGAACGUAGCCCUGCCAGAUGCGUGUCUCAGAUACGUAGAAGAAGCGGUUAUCUUCUGUUUCACUCGAUGAAAAAUGCAGGUCCCAUUGGGGAAAUGGUUGCAAUAUAGAAUGUGAUGUGCUCUUUAAAAAUGAACUUGGAGAAAUUGUCCACUGCUUUUUAAUAGUGUGUUCCUUGUUGAUGGAUGUAUUUGGCCAUCUCCCACUUGUUCGAA